ACUGUGAAGUUCUGGUUUUGAGUUAUAUCUGACAGCCAAAUAAAGUCUCUCAUAAUUACAAUUUGUUUCCCCGAAAUUCACUACAAAGAGCUGUUCCCGAAUGUUAUAAAAAUGGGCAGUCCCCAGGUGUUCCUGUCCCCUGCCCUCCUGGGCCUGGCCCUGCUCCUCCCGGCCAUACUCUGUAAUGACAACCUACUCUGUUACUACAGUCCAGUCAUGUACCGCAACAAGACCUUUGACCUCAUCCUGUCAGAGUGCCCUCCCACUGAGCUCUGCAUGAAGGCGCAUGGUCGCUAUGGCAACCACAGCGCCCUGUCCUCCCGAGGGUGCGUGGAGCGGAGCGACUGCGGCCGGGCCCACGCCCUGCGAAUAAGAGGAACUGUCUACACUAUGACAUAUGCGUGCUGUGAUUAUAAUUACUGUAACGCAGGAUGCCGUGUCGCAGUGAAAUCACUCCCCUUCGCAGUAGCAAUAAUGUCUUUGCUGUUAAUAGGGCUUUAACUAAGAUCAGUUCAGUUUAAGCCGUUUUCUGGCUGUUAUGCAGAACCCGAUGACUACGGUGAAGCUGGCUGAAGGGUUCUCUGCUGCUCAGAGGUGGCUGGUGUCUGCUUGAUUGGGGAGGACAGGCUGACAGUGGUUGCCAUGGAUUAGUGGGACAGAAUCAAACCAUGCUGGUCCAUGCGCUCUGUUCCAUUCCUCUCAAUCCAGACAUUCAUUAAGACGCUUCCUCCCCUCACCAGCCUCCAGUGCUGUGGUGACUCAUACCCAGUCUUACCAAACUGGCGUCUGCACCAACCUGGAAGGCCUGAAAUGUUUUGCUUCACUGCAUGAUGGGAGAACAUGCCUGUACCACCAUUUUAAAAUGAUAAUAAAGUUAUUUUGCCACCGUU